AUGGCUUCCAAAUCCACCACAGGCCUGCCAUUGGACUCUGCUAAUAUAAUGUCAACAGUACUAGAAGGUAUUUUAUAUGGCUUUUCAGUCCUCAUGUUCAUAGGUACCAUCUGGACAUUUACUUAUAAACAACGCAUCCGAGAUAUCAAUCAGCCAAGCACCGUGGUUGCCACCUUGCUGUUUGUACUCAGUACUGUGCACAUGAUCGUAGGUAUUAUUCGUCUCGAAGAUGGACUGGUGAAGCAUGGCAAUACCCUCCAUGAUGGGCCAGCAAGAUUCUUCGCAGACGUGACCCAGCAAACAUUUGUGACAAAGAAUACGAUAAUCACUUUACAAACUUUGCUUGGUGACGGAGUGGUGAUCUAUCGAUGUUACGUCGUCUGGCGAUCUGUGUGGAUUAUCAUCCUACCAUGCAUGAUGUGGUGCGGUGUCGCAGCGUUUGGUAUUUGUAUGGUCUAUGUGCAAGCACCGAGUACCAAUGCCAAAAAUGUCUUCGGCAACCAGACUGGACAUUGGAUCACGGCGUUCCUUUCCUUAACGCUUGCAACGAAUUUGCUCAGUUCAGGAUUGUUGGCAUACCGCAUCUGGACGAUCGAACGCAAUGUCUCUGGAGCUUACGCUACGAAGAACAACAUGCCUAUAUUGCGGGUACUCGUAGACGCCGCGCUUUUAUACUCUGCAGCGCUUUGCACCUCGCUGGUAUGUUUCGCCCUAUCGAACAAUGGGUUUUAUGUUUUAGGAGACCUGAUCGUUCCCAUCAUCUCGAUUGCUUUCUACAUGGUCUUUAUCCGCGUCGCAAUCAGCAAGAAGAUCCACGAAUGCCUCUCGGCUACUCUUUGUUGA